AUGGAGAACAAGACAGAGCUGACAGAGUUCAUCUUGCUGGGACUGACCAGUGACCCACACCUGCAGGUUCCCCUCUUUAUCACCUUCCUCCUUAUCUACAUCAUCACUCUGGUUGGGAACCUGGGGAUGAUCCUGUUGAUUCUUGUGGACUCUCGUCUCCACACCCCCAUGUACAUUUUCCUUGGUAACUUGUCUCUGGUGGACUUUUUUUACUCUUCAGCUGUCACUCCUAAGGUCAUGGCUGGGUUAAUCAGUGGAGACAAGAUCAUGACCUAUGGUGUUUGCGCCACACAGAUGUUCUUUUUCUCAGCCUUUGCUACUGUGGAAAAUUACCUCUUGGCCUCAAUGGCCUAUGACCGCUAUGCAGCAGUGUGUAAACCUCUACGUUAUACUACCACCAUGACAACAAGUGUGUGUACAUGUUUGGUUACAGGCUGUUAUAUCUGUAGUUUCCUUAGUGCUGCUGUUUACACUGGGAACACAUUCCUUCUGUCCUACUAUAAGUCUAAUGUGGUUCAUCAUUUUUUCUGUGAUAUUCCAGCAGUCAUGUUUGUGUCUUGCUCAGAUAGACAUGUUAAUGAUCUAGUUCUUAUUUAUGUAGCCAGCUUCAAUAUCUUUUUUGCUCUGCUAAUAAUCUUAAUAUCCUACGUGUUCAUUUUUACAACCAUCUUAAAAAUGCACUCAGCUUCAGGACAUCAAAAAGCUAUAUCCACCUGUGCCUCUCACUUUACUGCAGUCUCCAUUUUCUAUGGGACGAUUAUCUUCAUGUACUUACAGCCCAGUACCAAUCAUUCCAUGGACACAGACAAAAUCGCAUCUGUGUUCUACACUAUGAUCAUCCCCAUGCUGAACCCUGUGGUUUACAGCCUGAGGAACAAGGAGGUCAAGUGUGCAUUCACAAAGAUUGUUUUCAAGGCAAAAUAA